AUGGGGAACCGGAGAUUGCUUUUUCUAUUGGGGCUACUUGCUGUUAAUUAUUUACUGUUUCAGUCAAUAUUGGUUUCAUAUGGAAGUGGAAAUGCACCAUGGUCUUCAGUGCCUCAAAAGUGUGAUAAAGUUAUAUUUCCAUCAUUGCAUUCAGCACCAAAGUAUUUCACUGUUUGGAACCCCCCAAGAGGUUCUGUUACAGGGUUUUCUAAUUUUUCUGCUUUCGCUGCUACGGUGGAAAAAGUGCCUAAUCCUAUUGUUCAAUUUGAAGUAGGGGAAGGUAAGAAAAAGGGAAUGUAUCAUGAUGAAAAGGAUGGCUUAGUCUCUGAAAGAAACAUAUCUAAUGAUAGUGUUUUUGAAAAUGGAACAGAUAGAAAUGAUGCUCGUAGUUUAUCUGAGAAGAAGGAUGUUGGAAAAGGUGACAGAUUGGACUUGGAAAGUGUUGGAUCAAAAAUCUUCAAUGCAAUUUUGGCCAAGGGAAGUAAGGUUAACUUUUCAGGGAAGCAAUUUACGAAGACUAAAAGGGGAGCCUCUAGGUUGGUAAAAGAUAAUAAUAUGGAUUCAAGGGAACAUGAUGGUGUUCGUGUUCAUACCUCACACAGUUCAACUUCCUCUACCAAUGUGACUAGUCUUGAAAAUUCUCCCCAGAAAAUUGUCUUUUCUGCCUCAGAUAACAACACUGCGAUGAUAAUUCCUAGGAAAAAGCUGAGGUGUAUGCUACCACCUAAAUCAAGAACAUUAAUUCAUGAGAUGAACCACAUUCUAGUACGUCGCCGUGCUUCUGCUCAUGCAAUGAAACCAAGGUGGUCAUCCAAACGUGACCUGGAAAUUGUUGCUACCAGGUUAGAGAUUGAGUAUGCUCCUAUAGUAACACGAGACAAUGAACUUUAUGCUCCUCUCUUUCGCAAUCUUUCUAUGUUCAAAAGGAGUUAUGAACUCAUGGAACGCACACUCAAGGUUUAUAUAUACAAGGAUGGAGAUAAACCCAUCUUUCAUCAACCUAUACUUAAGGGACUAUAUGCCUCAGAGGGUUGGUUCAUGAAAUUGAUGGAGGAAAAUAAACAUUUUGUUGUGAAGGAUCCUGCAAAGGCACAUCUGUUUUAUAUGCCAUUCAGCUCGCGUAUGUUAGAGCACUCUCUUUAUGUACGAAACUCUCAUAAUCGAACAAAUCUCCGUUGGUUUUUGAAGGAAUAUACAGACAAAAUUUCAGCAAAAUAUCCUUAUUUCAACAGAACUGGUGGUGCUGACCAUUUUCUUGUUGCUUGCCAUGAUUGGGCUCCAUAUGAAACAAGACACCAUAUGGAAUACUGCAUAAAAGCUCUCUGCAAUGCUGAUGUGACUCAAGGAUUUAAGAUAGGAAGGGAUGUUUCUCUUCCGGAAGCUUAUGUCCGAUCGGUUAGAAAUCCUCAGAGAGAUCUGGGAGGAAAGCCUCCUCACCAAAGACCCAUUCUUGCUUUCUAUGCUGGAAAUAUGCAUGGUUAUUUGCGUCCAAUAUUGCUAAAGCACUGGAAGGACAAAGAUGCUGAUAUGAAGAUAUAUGGCCCAAUGCCGCAUGGUGUUGCAAGCAAAAUGAAUUACAUCCAGCACAUGAAGAGCAGCAAGUAUUGCAUAUGCCCUAAAGGAUAUGAGGUCAACAGCCCAAGGGUUGUUGAAGCCAUAUUUUAUGAGUGUGUACCUGUGAUUAUAUCUGACAAUUUUGUUCCUCCUUUUUUUGAGGUUUUAAAUUGGGAUGCAUUCUCAAUAAUCCUCACUGAGAAAGAUAUUCCCAACUUGAAACAGAUACUUCUUUCAGUAUCACAAGAGAAGUAUCUCAAGUUGCAACUUGGGGUCAGAAAGGCUCAGAAACAUUUUUUUUGGCAUGUAAAACCCUUGAAUCUUGUGAACAAGAAAGCAGAAGCACUCCUGACAAGGGCUUCUGAAAAAGAAGAGGAAAUUUCUGAGUGUGAGAACUCGUUAGAGAAUAUACCAUCUCGUCAAUUCACUGUUCAGAAGGUGAAAACCAUGGAACCUGUGAGAGAAAAGGCUUUAACAAUAAUGAAAAAAUGCUUGAAUGCAAAUCUUGUUAAUAAUGGUAUUCUCAGAAUUAAAUCUCGUCUGGUGAAAACCUUGCGUGGUUCUUCAGAUGAUAUUGGGUGGUUGCAGCUUGCUCCUAGAAUGCCUCUAGUACAGGAUGGAACUUCAAGAUUCUUGGAAUUGCUUUCAGCCAUAAGGAAUGGAGAGCACUCGCUACCCAGUUCAUUUGUUUAUCUGUUGAUUCCAGGUCUCUUUAGCAAUCAUGGACCCUUGUAUUUUGUUGCCACUAAGAGAUUUUUUUCAAAGAUGGGCUUAGCUUGCCAUAUUGCAAAAGUUCAUAGUGAGGCAUCAGUGCAACAAAAUGCCUACGAACUGAAGCUCUACAUUGAGGAGAUUUACUGGGGAUUUGGCAAGCCUAUCAUGAUAUUGGGACACAGUAAGGGUGGUAUUGCUGCUGCAGCUGCAUUAUCUAUUUAUUGGUCUGACCUGAAGAACAAAGUUGCUGGUUUGGCCCUGGUACAGAGUCCAUAUGGUGGUACUCCUAUUGCUUCUGAUAUCCUCCGUGAUGACCAGAUUGCUGACAAAGAAACCCGGAAGAUCUUGGAACUUAUAAUAUGCAAAAUGAUUAAGGGUGAUAUGAUGGCUUUGGAGGAUCUCACAUACGACAAGACAAAGGAGUUUAUCAUGAAACACAACCUCCCCUUAGAUAUUCCUCUGAUCUCCUUCCAUUCUGAAGCAAGCAUUGCCCCUGGACACCAGAUUCCUGUAAUGAUUCCUAUAUCUGCUGCCAUGGCUGUUUGUGCUCUCCACCUGUGGCUCAGAUACGGAGAAAAGAGUGAUGGCCUUGUGACAUGCCGUGAUGCUGAAGUUCCGGGAUCAGUUGUUAUGGAGUACGUGGCUGAGGGGUUUAGGACAGUAUUUCUUGGGCCAAAGUGGAUCAUUGAGUGCUUUACACCAUGA